AGUCUAGCACAGUGAGAGAAAGCAUUUAGUCCAUAAACUCCUUUUGGCAAGUGACUACAAGCAUUUUGACAUCAUGGAUCCAUUGGCAAAGGCCAAGUUGAUGGGGAAGGAAGCUAAACCUGGGAAGAAAACUAAACCGGGACUACUUGAGGAUGUCACACCUGCUCUACUUCUCUCAGUUUUCACUGCUGUGCUGGGCUUUUUCCAAUAUGGAUACUGCAUUGGAGUCAUUAAUGCUCCUCAAACGAUCAUCAUGACCCAUUAUGCUAAGGUGCUGGGCAUUAUAAGUGAUCAAGAAGCAGAGAUUGAUAGUGAACGAGAUGAGGCACUGAAAAACCCUACUGUCAUAAUGCUCUGGUCUUUGUCUGUGGCCAUGUUUGCAGUUGGUGGAAUGAUUUCUUCCUUCACAGUUGGAUGGAUUGGAGAAAAGAUGGCAAGAGUGAAAUCUAUGCUGCUUGUGAAUGUCCUUGCAAUUGCCGGGAAUGUCUUCUUGGGUGUGGCAAAGUUUGGUCCUGCACACGUCCUUAUUGUUAUAGGAAGAUUAUUGACUGGACUGUAUUGUGGACUCUCAUCUGGACUUGUUCCUUUGUAUGUUGGAGAGAUAGCACCAAUUUCUCUUCGUGGUGCUCUGGGAUCAUUUAACCAACUUGCUGUUGUUAUAGGUAUUCUCAUCAGCCAGGUUCUUGGACUAGAUGUUCUGCUGGGCAGGGAUGAAACAUGGCCACUGCUUCUUUGCUUGUCUGGUUUUGCGGCUGUUCUUCAGAUUUUCCUCCUACUGAUUUGCCCAGAAAGCCCUAGAUACUUGUACAUCAAAUGUGGAAAUCUAGAGGAAGCUCAGAAAAGCUUGAAAAAGCUGAGAGGACAAAGCUACGAUACUACCAAAGAACUUGAGGAUAUGGAGAAAGAAAAAGAGGAAGCAUCAAAAGAAAAGCCAGUCUCCAUCUGGCAACUUGUCACUUCCCCCAUCUAUAGGCAGCCAUUCCUGGUGGCUAUUGGAGUCCAUAUUGCUCAACAGUUUUCGGGGAUUAAUGCUAUUUUCUACUAUUCUACUGAUAUUUUUAACAAAGCUCGCGUUGGACAACCCGUCUAUGCCACCAUAGGAGUUGGUUUUGUGAACACCGUGUUCACUGUAGUUGCUAUCUUACUAGUGGAGAAAGCAGGGAGACGCAUCCUCUUUAUGGCUGGCCUAUUUGGAAUGAUGGUGUGUGCAGUAACAAUGACCGUCGGCCUUGUGCUACAGCCUAUGAUUGGAUGGAUGAGCUACAUAAGCCUGACUUCCGUCUUCCUCUUUGUCAGCUUUUUUGAAAUUGGGCCAGGACCAAUUCCCUGGUUUAUUGUUGCUGAGUUAUUCGGCCAAGGACCUCGCCCAGCAGCUGUUGCAAUAUCUGGGUUCAGCAACUGGUUCACCAACUUCUGCAUUGGGAUGUUUUUCCCAUAUGUAGCUGAAAUAUGCGGCUCAUACGUGUUCCUGAUCUUUGCUUUUCUGCUGAUCCUUUUCAUUAUCUUCAUUUACUACAAAGUGCCAGAAACCAAAGGCAAAUCAUUUGAAGAAAUUGCAGAAGAGUUCCGUCGCCGAGACAAGGCGGGUGCCAAAAAUCCCAAAGGAGCUACUGAAAUGGAGUAUCUGGGAGGCAACCAGGAAGCAUAGAGGAUCUGUACAAGAAAAGCACUUGAAAGAAUGUGUUACUAAUGCUUCUGGGAGAAGUUGUGGAGAAAGCAUUUUGUUUAAAAUGUAAAAAUUUGGAAAAUAAUGCUGGUAGGGUGAGUCUGUUCUGUGGCUUUGGAUGGAUGCUUUUUACAGAGUUGUCUUUGCCUUCUUUGGGAGCAUAAUUUCAUACUGUCUUGGGAGUUUUACCCAAAAGAAGCACAGGAAUGAACUGCCAUGAUGCAUGAAUGGGGGACCUGUACCCAAGUUAAUUUUCCUUGUAGGAUUUACUAAAGGACAAGAGAGAAGUUAGGACACUACAGAAAACAUGGUCAUGGGUUAUUCUAUCAUUCACUGUCAGUAAUCUGACAUUUUGCAUUUAGUAGAAUCUCAGGGUUCUGUGAUAUGAGAACAUUUUGCCACUUAGGAAAUUCUUCUGCUGUUGACUUAGCUUGGCUAUAUGAUUAGGUUGGCUCCUUCACUUGGGAUUUUAGUGCAUGGAUGGGCCACGUGUGGCCUUUCUAUUAUUAAAUCACAUGGUUUUGUUGCUCCUGUCACUCCUUUUCUUUUGUUACCUAACUUGCUGCCACACCAUCAAGUUUUGAUGGCAUGCAAACCACCAUAAAAUCUAGACAUUGUUUUAAAAAAAACAAGCAUGUGAGGUGCAUGGACACUUGUUUUCAAGCUGAGUUGUGCCUAAGAAGCAUGAUUCUGCUCCAAAAUAAGGUACACCCCCCCCCACACACACACACAUGGCUUUUGUUUUAAAGGGAAAUUGAUAGGUAAGAAGUAAUAUGGCUCUCCCAAAAUUUCAUAGUAUAGUGGCAAAUUUGACAAU